AUGCCGCUGGACACCUCGACAUACGCGCUCGCGCACCUCCGCCUAGACGGUCGUCGGUGGAACGAACUCCGUCGCUUACACGCUCAGAUUAGCACCCAGGCUGCCGCCGAUGGCUCCUCCUACCUCGAGCAAGGCAACACAAAAGUCCUCUGCACAGUCAGCGGACCACAGGAACAAAAGGGCGGGCGAGGAGGGGCACGCGAUCAGGGUAACGAGGCGAAAGUAGAUGUGGAGAUGAACAUAGCUGCUUUCUCGGGUAUGGACAGGAAGAGGAGAGCGAGGAGUGAUAAGAGGGUGCAGGAGAUGCAGGUCACGAUCGCCAGUGCGUUUCAGAGCACGCUGUUCACACACCUGUUCCCGCACAGUACUAUCACUGUCACUCUACAUAUCUUGUCGCAAGAUGGAUCGUUACUAGCGGCUUGUCUGAAUGCUGCGACGCUGGCACUGAUCGAUGCCGGCAUACCCAUGUCGGACUACAUAUCUUCUGUCACUGUGGCGUCUGCUCCCUCCUCGGACCAAAGUCUAGACGAGAUGGAUCCGCUACUGGACUUGAACGGUCUGGAGGAGCAGGAGCUACCGUUCAUGACGGUAGGCACGUGCGGAAGGGGACCUGGUGGAGGCGAGGAGAAGGUCAUGGUGCUCGUCAUGGAGACGAAGGUGCAGAUGGCGAGACUUGAGGCUAUGCUGAGCGUCGGCAUCGAUGGGUGUAAGCAGGUCCGAGGCAUCCUCGACGGUGUGGUUAGAAGUCAUGGGAAGAGGGUGCUGGAGUCGAAGGUGUCUUGA